AUGCAUUUAAAUGAGAGAGAGAAGAUGAAUGAAAGUAUUAAAAAGAUAUUUAAAGAAUCAAUUAUUGGAAAUGGAGAGAAUAAUAUAAAGACAACUAUAAUACAAUUGGAAAAGGCUGUAGAUCGUGUCGAUCGGAAGAGUGGUGUUACCGUCUCGAAUAUUGAGAUCAACGAUAUGGUUGAAUCGAUAUUACAUCCACUCAAACUAUACCUUUGUUCUAAAUCGAGAUUCGAACAAUUAGAUUUAACUUGUAAAUUCUAUUCAAAAUAUAUCAUACAUCUUUCAACUUUAUUGAAAUCAUCAUCAUCAUCAACAUCAACAACAUCAUCAAAAUCAUUAAAGAUUAAAAAUCAAAUUAGAAAUGAUUUAGUAUCAUUCUUAAUUAGAGUUAUUGAAUCAAAAGAGAAUAUUGUUAGAUUAAGAUCUUUACAACUUAUCAACCAAUUGUUUAUAGAUACAAAUAAUAUUGAAGAAAUAUUUAUAAAUGGAUAUAAUAACUUGACUAAAUCAUUGACACAAAGAUUCAGAGAUAAAACACCUACUAUUAGAUUGUUGGCGGUGAACGUUAUGAUUAGAUAUUGUCUGUUGACAAAGGAUGUUGAUAUCUUCGAGGAGUUGCUGUUUCUUAUGAAUGAAGAUGCUUAUGCUGAUAUCAGAUUGACUAUACUCUCAAAGAUACUGCUAUUGGAAGCAGCGCUAAAGUAUAAUAAUAGCAGUGGUGGUGGUGGUGGCGGUGUACUAUUGGAUUCUAUCAUUACGAGGACGAACGAUGUUAAAGAUAGUAUCAGAGUGAAAGCACUGCAGAUGUUGAAAGAGUACGACGUCACCAGCACAACCAACGUUGUCCUGCCAACCGAUAAGAUCAUCAACAUUCUCAAGACUGGUUUCAACGACACCAAAGAAUCCGUACAAAAAGAGACAUCCAAUCUUCUGCUGAAGUGGUACAACAACUUUUCUGAUAAUCAGCACUUCUACAUUCUACUGGAGACAAUCGAUGUCGAGCGAAAUGAAACACUCCUGGAGGACUGGCUAACCAAAGUACAAACUCACAAUGCUGGAAACACAAAUCAAGAUAUCAUACCAACUUUUCAACUGUUUAACAAUGGCAAUAGUGAAGAGAAACAAACGUUAUCUAAAGAAGAAUCAUUUCAUUUCAGAAUGACUGUAAAGAGUCUGUUGAGUUCAAUCAAGAAUGUUAGGGUGGAGAAACGAUAUUACUAUGAAGACAUGUUGGAGCAGAUGCUGCCGACGUUGACUGAUUACGUCGAGUUGAUAUUCAAUCAUUUGGAAGAUGCCUACACGGUGAAGCAGCUUCUAAAGGUGUUGUCGAUGAUAGACAUCACUGGCGAUGAAGUCGGUCGUAGCAAUUGUAUUACAUUCCUUAUAGAGCUGAUCAAGAAGAUAGCUAUCGAUAGGGAACUACUCGAACUCUCUAUGCUAUCACUCUCGAAAUUCUACCAUGUUGAACGUGAUUUUAUUGUGACGAUGGUUGAGAUUCUCUCGGAUAUGAUCGAUCCGCUCGAGGAGGACGACCUCACCAAGCGGUUGGCAAUAUUUGAGCGCAACCUAAAGAGAAUCGGUACAAAGUCUGCUACGGAAGCUGCCAAGAUCAGCAGUGCCAUCGAAUCGAUCAAGCUGGAGAUCAAAGAGAAACAAACCGAUACUCUUACCAAGUGUUCCAUCAUAACACACUACCUACUGCUCAAAGCCAAGAAGUGUUCGAAUUCCACCGACAUUGAUUCACUGUUGGAGCUUAUCAUACUACCGUCGGUUCAGCACCACAGUCCAGAGCUAAGAGCAUUGGGAUUUCAGAAUCUAGGCAUCUAUUGUCUGCAUAGAAAGAAUCAAGUUAAUCUAUAUUUGGAUUUGAUUUCCACUGCUCUGGAAAACGAUAUUCAUCAAGUGCAACUCGUUGUUCUCAAGGUUAGCUUUGAUAUAUUGUUGGUGUAUGGUUCACCCAAUAAGAUACCAAAGUCAAUGUUGCCUCUCUACAAUCUGACGAGAAAGAUAUCUUCACUGUCGAGCAAGCUAGAUCUCAAGUUGAUAUCGAUCGAAGGAUUUGUAAAGCUGCUGUACUCUGGCAUCGUUAGAGACUCAAAGAUAUUGGUGUUCCUCUUCCUUGAGUUGUUCUCUACGUCCACCAAAGAUCUCGUUGAGAUACGUCGAUGUCUGACACUCUUCUUCCAGGCAUACAUACAAGACAGCCGAGAGAACAAGAAGAUGCUAUUCCACGAGACCAUCAACAUACUCCGAUCGGUAUCACAAAACAUCUCCAACUCUGCAUACUCUGAAACCAACAUAUUGGAAGUUGGAAAAUUCCUAUUAUCAUUAUUAGAGAAGCCGGUAUCAACAACAACAACAACAACAACAACAAGCAACAACAUCAGUAAUACAGAUAAUAAUAAUGAUGAGAAUGAUUCAUUUAAAGAAGAAGAUGUUCAUCCAUUGUUAUCGAUGAUGAUUUGUCAGGAGUUGAUAUCUUGUUUUAGAGGUGAUGAUACGAAAGAGUUGACAAAAGUGCUUACACUAUUCAAGUUUGACAAGGAGAAACACCUGUCACAGCUGUUGGAAAUCAAAGAGAUACUACAAAAGGUUACUACCGCAUACACAGAUCCCAACAUCGAUAAGUUCCAACAGAUUCUUGACAGUCAUCUACCGACUAUGCAUCAAAGUGGAUAUCUUGUUCAACAUAGAGCUGGUGCUGCAACUCAAUCCGGUGCAAUAGACUUUAAUUCUCCUUCAUUCUUUACAUUCAACGAUAAUAAUAAUAAUAAUAGUAUUCAUAAUUCAAACAAUACUAAAUCAGCAGCAAAUAAUAAUAACAAUAAUAACAGUCUUCAAGUAGAAUCUACAGAUAAGAAUAAGAAACCUACGGCAUCACAAUACUCAAAGGUAACAAACACGAAGUUACCAUUCGAUUUCGAUACGAUCAAAUCAUUCUUUGAAAAACAAAAGCAGUACCUAAACACCACUGAAUACAUUGACAAGACCGUUGUAGUAAAGGAUCCACCAUUAAAGAAGUCUAAAUUCACCUAUGGUCCAACCAAAGCAUCUGCGCCUGCAUCUACCUCCACUUCAAAUACUUUGACAACCAACCUCACUACUGCCAAUAUCAACAAACCGAAUCCUAACAUUGUCAACAACAUCAAACCAACAACAAAAAAUUUAUCAUUAUCAUCAACAUCAACAUCAACAACAACAAAGAUUCAAACGACAACACUUAUCAACAAUAAUAACAAUAGUAGUAAAAAUAAUAAUAAUAGCACAAGAGAUGGUAAUAGUGAUAAAAAUAUAUGUAUAAAAGACAAUAAUAUUGUAAAUAAUGUAAAUAAUGAUAAUAAUAGUAGUGUAAAUGCAAAGGUAGAUAGUAUUAUAAAAGAUAAAGAUAGUAUGUACAAAGGUAUGGUUGUUAGCAAUGAUGGUGUAAUUCUGACGAAAAAUGUGGAUGUUCGUCAUCAAAUUACUAAAAAUAGUGAUGUGGUGAACAAUGAAAACAAUGUAUCAGAUGAUCCUAUGACAUAUAACAAUAACACAACUCAAGUUAAUCGUCAGAUCCAAUCAAUUUUAAAGAAGAGACCACACAAUGAAAUUGUUUCAACAACAUCAACAACCGAUAACAACAAGAUAGAUAUGGAUACAACAACAACAGCAACAACUAAAGAAAAUAAAAAAAUUGCUAAACAUUUGGAAUCAAGUAUUGAAGAUUCAUCUAUCAUUCAAAUUGGUGAGACAGAGAUUUCAUCGAUCGUACCAAAUGUAGAUGUUGAUCAACUCAAGUUGAAACUUGACGGUAAAGACUUGUCCAAGUUCAAAGAUCAAGUAAGACGUUUCCUCGAGGAGACACCUUCCAUCCGUAGCUCUGUAGCUGGUCUUCCAUCUGCUGAGUACAGAGAAUUGGUAUUACAACAAAUCAAAGAUCUUUCAAAGAGUGGACUAUUCAAUAUUACUGAUAUUAGAGAUGGCGUUGAAAAGACAUGUGGAUUGAUGGAGAUAUUGAGUUCCUAUAAUAAUAAUAUUACAACCAAGUUGGGUGUUCACUACAGUCUGUUUGGUGGUACCGUUUUGUUGUUGGGUACUCAGCGUCACGAGAAGUACAUUGAGCCGGCCAACAAGUUGGAUAUUGUCGGUUGUUUCUCGAUGACCGAAGUCGGACACGGUAGUAAUGUUCGUGGUAUUGAAACCACAGCUACCUACGAUGCCGCCACCAAGGAGUUCAUCAUCAACACACCGACUCCAUCGUCACAGAAGUUCUGGAUUGGUGGUGCCUAUUUGCACGCACACUUCACCACGGUGUUUGCACGUCUCAUUCUCAACAAGAAGGAUCAUGGUGUUCAUGCAUUCGUAGUGCCCAUCCGUGACAUCAAAACAAUGAAGACAUUCCCAGGAAUAACAAUCAAGGAUUGCGGUCCAAAGCUAGGUCUCAACGGUAUUGACAAUGGUCAUCUUAGAUUCGAUCACGUUCGUAUUCCACGUGAGAACCUCCUCAACAAAUACAGCGAUGUCACCGAAGACGGUCAAUACAAGAGUCAAUUCCAAACACCAAUCAAAAAUUUCGCUGCAACGAUGGCUCCAUUUUUGGGUGGUAGAAAUACAGCAGGUGCAAUUCAUACAUGUUUGACAAUUGCAAUUAGAUAUGCACACUAUCGUUGUCAAUUCGGUCCAAAUUCAAACGUUGAAUUACCAUUGAUUUCUAUUCCAAGUCAUCAAAGAAGAUUGAUCAUUCCAUUGGCAAGAACCAUCACAAUGGAUCUUUAUUUACAAACUCUUGCAACUCAAAUCAAAUCAAUGAAACCUGCAUUACAUGCUCAUUGUGCAGGUAUUAAAGCAGUGUAUUCAUGGCAUGGUAUUGCAACGAUGCAAGUUUGUAGAGAAUCGUGCGGUGGACAAGGUUAUAGAUCGGAGAAUAAGAUUGCCGAGUUCAAGUCGGAUUGUGAUAUCAAUGUUACCUACGAAGGUGACAACACUGUGUUGAUGCAACAGGUUGCCAACUCGAUUCCAUGGGCUAUCAAGGCGGCACACGCUCACAUGGAGUAUGUAAUUCUAGAGAAUGCAGUGAAAUCGAUGAGUGCCGAUUCGGUUGCACCGAUUGCACACCUCGUACUUCUCGAUACACUCGCCAAGAUCGAAGAUGACUUGGGUUGGUUCGUCACCCACUCUUACAUCUCACCGGAAGUCGCCAAGUCCGUCUCCUACUUGGUAAUGGAUCUCUGUGAACAACUAUCAAGACAAUCAUUAGCAAUAGUCAAAGCAUUUGAUAUUCCCAAAAAUAAUAGUAAUAAUAAUAAUGAAAUUUUAAAUGAAAAUAAAGAUUUAGAUAUAGAGUCAGAGAGUAAUUCAACUUUAAAUAAUAUAAAUUCAACAACAAGCUCAUCAAACGAAAGUGAUAACAAUCACGAUGUAAAUAACAAUGAAAAUAGUGUUAAAAUGAAUAUCGAAGACGAAGAUGAGAUGAUUGCUGACAGUAUCGAUGACAGUGAUGAAUUGAUGAGUAAUCAAAUAGAUUCAUAUGAUAUAGAUGAAGAUUAUUAUGAUGAUAAUGAUAAUGAUGAUAAUGACAAUCAAGAAUAUAAUCAUGAUUAUCAUAUAGAUGAUGCAAAUAAUAAUAACAAUAACAACAUUAAUAAUAAUAAUAAUAAUCGAUUCUUUACUGGUGGUGCAUUACCAAAUGGUCAAAAUCUAUUGUUGGAUCUUGCUGAUAUCUUUGGUGGAGAAGGUAACUAUCGUCAGUUGGUAGAUGGAUUCUUUGGUACUGCUGCAUCUCAUGAAACAAACAACAACAAUAAUGAUAAUCAAAAUGACAAUGAUGGUGAUGAUGAUGAUGAUGAUGGGGAUGGAGAUGGAUCUGCUAUUGAUCAUACUCGUGGUGUGUUUCGAUCGCUCGAGAGAGAUCUUCGUGGAUUCCUCAACUCGAUUAGCAAGGUGGCACAACGAAGACAAGAUGAGAUAUCCAGACUCAAGGAAUACGGUCAUCCAGAGUUCACCUUCCAAUCGUAUCGCAACGCUCUUUCCAGCAGCGUCGAGACAACCAAGGACAUCAAUCUAAUGGUACAACGAUUCGCCAAUCUAAGCGAUCCACUCAUCAAACUAUUUGGUAAAGAUAAAUUCAAAUUCCCAUUCUGUCAACAUGCAGCAGCAGUGACAGAGUCUGAACAACUAGCCAGUGGUGUUGGUGGUGUCAGCAGUGAGAACCUACUUUCAAUACCUGAAGACAGUCCCAUCACUACGAUAUUAAAAGAGAUACUUCAGAAACCAGAGAUACUCAAUCUAGUCAAAACGGUAAUCGUAACGAUGAUGGGUAAUCGUUUGUUCAAGAUUGUAUUCUGCGAUGAGUAUCUCAAGUUCUAUCCGGAUCUUUCACUUCAAUCAGAUCGUGAUGCAAUGGUUAUCAUUUCAUCGAUUAGUUGUCAAAUGUUUGAAAUACCUUCUAUUAUCAUACCGUUCUGUACUGGUUAUUCCACAAAGAAUAUCUUAUCAGAGAUUCUAUCUGUUUUUAAAACAUUGUUAAAAGAUAAAGAACAUUAUGAUUUUGAUGUACCAAGUCAACGUACAAUUUUCGAUCAACAACUAUUGGCACAUCAAGAUUUCUUUUAUAUUUCAAGUUAUUUCAAACAUGCAAAAAUCACAGACUAUGUAUAUAAGAACGAUGAUAUCAUCAAUCAACUGCUUUUGAUAUUAGAUGAAAUUCAAGAGAUUACUCCCAUUCGCAGAAUACUAGACAAACCACUAGAGUACGAGCUUCCAAUCAUCAACUCUGUUGUCUCCAUGGAAACUCAAUCAAUGCAAGGUAUUGGUACUUUCUUACAAUCUUUAAAUAAAUCUAAACGUAAUUAUUUAUUACCAUCAAAUGAUUUAUUCCAUGCUAUUGAUACAGUAUCUAUACAUUGUCCAUUGAAUAGAAUAUUUGGAAUAUUCGUAUUGAAUGCAUUGAAUAGUGGUGUAGAUUACUCGUUGCCAGCGAUUAAAUCGAUGGUCAAUCUAGAACAAUUGCUGUACAUUGCCAAUGAAGCGAUUCUUCCAAAUAUUCUCAUGGCACAACAUAGAAAUGGAUUUUGGGAGAAGAAUAUGAAUAUCAACGAUGUCAAAUCCUACUACUCAUGGUCUCUUAUGUGGGUAGAUCUUUUCACCAUCCAAUAUUGUUCGAUUUUAUUGGGUCCAAAUUACUUUUUAAACUUUUUGAUUAGCAGUUUCACUUCAAAUUUUAAAUAUUCUGAUGAAUAUCCAUUUUGUUUACAAGAUUUAUUAAGAUUCCUUAUAUCUAUUUUACAGUUGCGAGUAUCACCAAAGUAUUCACCUGAAGAUGCACGAUAUCAUAUCAUCCAAGGUUUGACAACCAAUAACAAUACACAUGCUUUGUUAAGUAAUGUUCGUAGGGAGUUGUAUUACAGUGAUUUUGUUGAAGAUGUUAUCCAAGAGGUGUCGGAACCAACCAACGAUAAGAAGCUACAACUCAAGCAACAAUACUGGGAUCGCUACGACUACUACUAUCCUUACCACUAUUGCGUUGGUGACUCUCUGACAUUCAUGUCGUUGCAAACCUAUCAUGCACAUCUCAAGAAGAUAAAGUAUCCAAUUGAAGAUUCAUUCCCUCUGCCCUCGGUAGUGGAACCACUCCAUGCGAACCUAGAGGCUGUCAACGACAUCUAUGACGAGCCACUACUCUAUCAUCUUGCAUUUUGCACACUGCUCGCAUUCGUACAUCCCAACUGUAGAUUGCAAACACAAUUCCCAUUGUCUGAUUUCAUCAACUCUGACAAGUUCAUACCGAAGGAGGACGAAACUCAGUUGGAUGACAGCGUCAAUCACAUACUCUAUCUCAUGGUAAUGGCAAUGCGUCACUUCAAGGCAAAGACAUUCUCUUCGUUCUCACCAGAAGAACAAGACUCACUGCGACAGUCGAUCAAGUGUUAUCUGUCACACGGUAGCUUUGACAACAUGGUAAAGACCAAAAAGUCGAUUUCCCUCUUGAAUAUUCUACGUCCGUACGAGAUUCGUAAGGUGAUCUGCGAUGACAAUGGUAAUCCUACCAGUUUGGCAUAUCCAUCGAUGAAUAUACUCGAUCUUGUGACCGACCUCUUUGAGACUAUCGACACUGACAACCGCUACGUCGAGAAGAAGAACUUGAUCUCCAACUUGCUCAUCAUGAUCAACGAGUUUGAUGAGAAUCUCUCGCAAUACUUUAGCGAUCGAAAGAUGUCGAUCGAAGAGAUCAUCAACAAACAGAACGAGAACGAAGCCAAAGUCAAAAAGGAGGAGGCUCUUCAAAGACAAAAAGCGAUUCGUGAGAAGAUGAUGCAGCAACAACUUCAGUUCCUAAAGUCAAAUAAAUCGAUGUUGGAGGACUACGAAGACGACGACGACAACCAACUGGCAGAUUCCGACAACAAUUUGAUAUGUGUUGCUUGCAAGGAAGGAGCUCGUCCCGGCUCCGAUCCACUCUGUGCAAUCGGUCGUUGCGAAGGUUUCGGCAUCAAGUCGACGUCCGAUCGUCAAACCAUCCAACACUACUACGAGAAGAGCAUCAGUUCCGAUGUCGACCAAGAGCUAUCAUCGAUCGGUGGAUCAUUCAUUGUCAACCAGAUCGAGAAUCUCAAAGUCGAUGAAAUCCUCAAACUCUUCCAAACCAGUAUUCCCAUAAACAUUCGUUGUUGUGACCAUCUCAUUCACAAAUCCUGUCUGGAGAACUUUGUCAAUGGUUGGAUCGGUGGCGGAUAUCCAUGUCCUCUUUGCAAUAGGACAGCCAAUCUGCUGUUGGCCAUCGACAACAAGAGCACCUCGGAGACAACCAUUUCCUCGGGAAUGAUACUUCCAUUACUCUCAACGGAUACCACCUACCACAACAGUCCUACCGAUCUCAACCAGAGCUCAGUUCAGCAAUUCCUCUGGAAGUAUCCACUGACCAACAUUGAAACACUCGAGAUUACCUCGCGUUCCAACAAGAACUUCAACGACGACGGUCAACCUUACUUUGUAUACAAUGAAACCGAUUUCCAGAAGCGUCUGAAAACACUACGUCUUGUCUAUUUCAACAUUAUGUCGUCGGCGGCCAGAGAAACCAACGAUAGCUCAAUCGACUUGUUCCAAGGUAGAUACAUCAACUACGAUCCAUUCAUUCUCGCCACAUUCUCCUACUAUCUCAACAGAGACUCUGAUCCAAAGAUUCACAUCAAGCGUGCCUACGAACGAUUGAUAUUCUUUGUCUUUGGUAACUUUAUCGAUAGAAUAGUUGACUAUGCAUCAAGCAGUUCCAAGUCAACUCUUAACAACUACACCAAGUAUAUGCAAAUGUUGGUGUCACACCUGACAGAGAACACUCUGCCUAGCGAUCCUAGCGACCAGGAAACUCUCCGCAAACUGAUGCGCACCAUCGAAAGAGCAGUUAAACCAUUCAUUAGAAAGGCAUUCUUAUUUGACCAUUGUCUAUCCACCAGUUUUGAUACUCCAAUAGUCACUAGAAAUGAGCAUUCGCCUGUUACUCUCCAGACCUUCUCGGAUAUCGAUUAUCUCUUGCAAGAGCUUGAUCUUCCCAGUUGGAAGGAUGCACUUCUCAACCCAAUCUAUCAAGAGAAAGACUAUACAUCACUACUCAUUCGUAACACCGUUGGAUUCUGCUUACCUUCAAAACUACCAAAGUUUAUUAAAUUACCAGAUGAUUUUGUUUAUUUCUUGGUUGAAAAUAUUAGUAAAUCAUGUGUAGGAGAAUGCAAUCAAUUACCAAAGGGUGUCUGUAUUCAUUGUGGAACAGUAGUAUGCUAUAACGAUUGUUGUAGAAAUGAAUUGUUGGCACAUAAUCACAGAUGUCAACAUGGACUUGGACUCUUUUUGGAUGUAUGCAACCCCGUUCUCUCUGUGUAUUGCGCAAAUACCGAAUCAGAUAAGAUCGAUAUCUAUUUCGAUAAGUUUGGUGAACCAAGUGCUAAAGCUAAACCAGGUCUCAAGCUUAACAUGGCUGCACUCAGAGAUCUCUAUAUAACAUGGUUGAAAGGAACUCUACAUGAAAAGCUAAAUAUUUCAUAUGAAUAUUCGUGUUCAUUUACAAAGACACCUUACUCUUUAAGUUGA